ACAGUCUUUGUUAAUAUGUCAUCAGUGUCUAUACUGUCUACAGCAUUGUAGCUUGGAAUCUCCGGAUAAUUUUGUGUCAUACGAGGAUAAACAAAAGUAUAUUCAAUAGAAAACUCUCUGUAAAUAUUUCAUUAUAAUAACGAGAAUGUUAUAUCUCACAAUUUUCGUUUGGAGUAUUUUAGUGUGCCAAGGAAACACUUUGUACUGUUAUAGAUGUAACAGUAAUCAUCCCGGCUGCGGGACACCUUUAAAUUGGUUAUGGUAUUGGGGAGAGACUUGUCCAGAGUAUGAUGACAAGUGUGUAAAGAUAAUCGAGCGUAAAGGAGCUGAGACAGUCAUUACACGUGAAUGUUUGAGUUCUGUACGUAGCUUCAGAACAGAUAUUCCUGCUGAUCAUUAUGAAGGUUGUAGACCUGCUGCUAAAGAUGUGCGAUUGGGGCAUUAUGUCAAUAACACCAUUCACCAGUUAGAUAUUCACCGUGAUUAUUACGAUGAGGUUACAUGGUGUUUCUGUUAUUUUGAUCACAGAUGUAAUAGCGCAGGGAAUAUUGCUGUUUCGAUGCUACUUGUAUUUCUAGGAACUCUUACGUACUAUUUUACAUCUUGAAAAUGAAUUUCAAACAAUUUUCGCCAAAUAUCUCUUGCAGAAUCUCAUAUUUACUUUUUAUACUUAUGUAGAAUUAAAAUUAACUAUUUGGCAUAUCAAUUUUAUUGAUUUAGAUUAUAUAUGAACUUAUAGAUCUGUUAUAAUUUUGAUUAUAAAGAACAUGCAUCUAUAGCACUU